UUGCGCCAUGGGCGUGGAUGUAACAAUGUAGCGAACGCGCAUGUCUUGAAUUUCCUUACAAGGGGAUUUGGAGGCAACGAAUUUUUUGUUUGCUUUUGAAAAGAGCGAUUGAUUGUUGGGGGAUAUUCUUGGUGCAUGUCUUAGCGUGGCGACCACGCGACCACUUUGUUGUCGCCUUUGCAGGGCAGUUUGUGAAGGAUAAUCCUUCUGGGGCUGGGGUUUUUUGGUUCAUGUAAGCAGGUAUUUUUCGGGAAGCUUGUCCAGUGUGUGUUAGUGUGCUACUUUCUCCAUCCACCCUCCCUUUGUCCCUUUUUUCCGUUUUUGUUCUAUGGCGACGCAAAUCGAUACUAUUUAUGGACUUUCAGAAGAUGAAGAAGAAUCCCGUGUUCUCAGAGUCAAGGUUAUUUCAGGCAUUGAUCUGGCUAAAAAAGACAUCUUUGGAGCCAGUGACCCUUAUGUGAAAUUGUCCUUGUAUGUAGCUGACGAGAACAGAGAACUCGCUUUGAUUCAGACUAAAACUAUCAAAAAGACUUUAAAUCCAAAAUGGAAUGAAGAAUUUCUUUUCAGGGUGAGGCUCCAGACAUCUGCUAAUGCUGUCCCACUACUAAAAGAGGGAGGAAGGAAAUAGACCAGGAAAUUGCAGGUCA